AUGGAUCCAGAUACCUGUGAAUUUUGGUGGGAAAGAAAUGUGUUCGUUCACAUUUUGCAAAUUGAGCAUGCUUUCUUUGUGAAGACAACGUCAACCACCGAGAUAGUUAUUGGUACAGGAGCUUUGCUCCUGGGUGCUGUGCGCUGCGUACCCCUGGCUCGCCCACUGCGGGAAGCACUGGGCGCGCUGCUCCGGUGCUGCAUAGCACCUGGCCUGGCCCUGUCGGUGCUGGCGGUGGGUGGCCGCCUGGUGACGGCAGCCCAGGAGCGGAACGUGCUGGCUGAAUGCCGGCUGGACCCAGCUGACCUGCAGCUGCUGCUCGACUGGGCGAGAGCUCCAGCGUUUGCAGCAGGCGAGGCGUGGGCACCCGUGUGCCUGCCCCGCUUCAACCGCGACGGUUUCUUGUACGCCUACGUGGCCCGCCUGGAUGCCGUGCCGGUCUGCCUCCUGCUGCCUGGCACCCACCGUGAAGCCUUCCACGCCAUGGCCGCCUGCCGGCGCCUUGUGGAAGAUGGGAUGCGUACCCUUGGAGCCCUGCACGCCCUCGGGGAGGCUGCUGGCUCCUCUAAUGCCCCUUCAGCCACUGCCCCUGCCUACAGUGUGCAGGCCGUGGGGGUGCCUGGCCUGCGACACUUCCUCUAUAAACCACUGGACAUCCCUGACCACCACCGCCAGCUGCCCCAGUUUACCGGCCCGGAGCUAGAGGCCCCCUACAGCAGGGAGAAGAAGCGGCAGCGGCUGUCGGACCUGUGCCACCGCCUGCACACACGCCUCCACAGCACCUCCCGGCCCCUGCGCCUCAUCUACCAAGUGGCUGAGAAGGAGACGCUGCUGGCCUGGGUGACCUCCAAAUUUGAGCUCUAUACCUGCCUCAGCCCCCUGGUGACCAAGGCAGGUGCCAUCUUGGUCGUGACCAAACUCCUGCGCUGGGUGAAAGAAGACCGACUCUUCAUUCGUUACCCGCCCAAGUACUCCACACCCCCAGCCACCUCUGCGGACCAAGCGCCCCACAAUGGCCUGUUCACCCGACUCUGAAAGGUGGAGC